UGAUUUCACAUAUAUAUUUUUUUCUCAGUUUCUGAAGCUCUCGAUCUUGGCUGUGCUGGUUUUAAUGCUUGUUUGUGUGCAGGAAACAAAUGCCGGCAGUCAGCAGAAGAAAAAGAAGAUUGUCAUCCAUGUGCCGGUGCAUAAAAAGAUUGAGAAACAUGUGCACACGGUGAUAAAACAUGUGCAUCAUCAUCAUAAGCCGAUUGUCCUAAAGGAGGAAAAGAAAAUAAUUCAUGAGGAGCAUCGUCCCAUACAAAUUCAUCAGACUAAAGAGCAGAUCCAUCAUCAUGAGAAUUACCAUGAGAAGCAUGAUCAUCAUAAUCAUCACGAUCAUCAUGAGCACCACGAGCAUCAUCAUCCCAUAGAACAGGUGCCCGUGGAGCAGGAGGAGGAGCAUAUCCAUCACCAUCACAAUUAUGAGCAUAAAGAUAGUUUUGUUGACGCCAGUUCGGAUGCGAGCAGCAGUGAGGAACAUUAAUUUUAACAUAUCGUUGCACUGAGUGCGACGUAGACUGAAGAUUACUCAACAAAAAAAAAAAAGAAAAGAGAAAUGAAAUGAAAAAAUCCAUAAAUGCUUUGUGGGUAUUGGUGUGAUUUUUACUUUGUGAUGUAUUACUUAGCUUUAGUCGUAUAAUAAUUUUUUUUCGUUUUUUUUAUUAGUUUUA